UGAGGUAAGCAUUGUGGAGUGAAGACGUACGCGUCGGUUCUCUUGACCGAUCUGACUGGGGAAUUCAUCUUUGUGUUCAAAGAUAAUAUUUUUUUCUUGAUGGCAUGUAUUCGAUGAAUUGAUAUUGCAAACACAAGAGGUCCCGGCCAUGAGGCCAAUAACGCUCCUGGCCUUAGUAGCAGGCCCACUGUGGGCUGUGGUGACAGCGCAAUCUAAGAGCAAGUUUUCUGUCCAGGAGUUAUUACAAGGCUCUUUUAAGCACAAGAUCUCCAAUGAUAUUUAUGUGGAUCCAUGUAAAGCAGCGGGUUUCAUCAGCGACAUUGCCCUCCCAAACGAGGAAUAUGAGACAGAGCUGACUCUUCAGGAGUUAACGGAAGAGGUGUCCAGUUCCUAUGGGGAUCCCUCCUUGGCCCUCGAUGGGCCCAACGCUUCCUACCUAAACCCUCCCACCAUCAGUUAUGACAUCUUCAACUUCACCCGCGCUCCUCUUCCGAUGCCCUACACUACCUCCUCCCCCUCCUACACUGCCUCCACCACUAGUCGAGCCCAACACCGUCUUCGUGAUCCUAGAAGACACCGGCGGAAAGAUAACAAGGAGAAGAAGAGAAAAAAACAACUCGGUAAGAAGCACAAGAGAGGCCGGGGUUCCAAGAAGGACUCCAGGAAGAAGACGAAGAAGACCUCGAGGAGGGAGGACGAGGAGGUGUCUCUGGCGGAGGGCACCACCAGCCACCACCACCACCACCACCAUCACCGCAAGAAGCACCACCACCAUCGCAGGCACAACGACUUCAGGAAAGGCGUCAGCGCCGCCACCAAGAGAGCCAUGAAGAGAUCCAGAGCCCGAGGCACCUUCGAGCACAGGAGGCACAUGAGGGCGAGGGCCAGGAGGGCUGCCACCGCUAGGAAGGAACGUGUGUGGGACUUCGGCGUCAUUCCCUACAUGAUUGACGCUAACUUCACGGGUGCUGACAAGGGGCUCUUCAAGCAGGCCAUGCGGCACUGGGAGAAUUACACCUGCAUUCGAUUCGUCGAAAAGACAUCGGAACAUCCCAAUUACAUUAUCUUCACCGAACGCGAAUGUGGGUGUUGCUCCUUUGUGGGGAAGCGUGGAAAUGGCCCUCAGGCCCUCAGUAUCGGCAAGAACUGCGAUAAGUUUGGCAUCGUCGUGCACGAGUUAGGCCACGUCGUUGGCUUCUGGCACGAGCACACGCGACCUGACCGCGACAACCACGUAGUCAUCAUCAGGGAGAAUAUCCAGUCUGGUCAGGACUACAACUUCAACAAACUGACAGCGGAGGAGGUUAACUCUUUGGGCCAACGAUAUGACUUCGCCUCCAUCAUGCAUUAUGCCAGAGCAACUUUCGCCAAGGCAACUUACCUGGACACGAUUCGACCGCGUCCCGAACCUGGGCAAGAACCCCUACCGGAAAUCGGCCAAAGAAUUAAGCUGUCUGAAGGAGACAUCGCCCAGACAAAUUUACUUUACAAAUGCCCCAAGUGCGGACGGACGUACCAGGAGAACGCAGCCACCUUCUCGUCCCCCUCGCACGUGAAUUCAGCGCCUCCUCCAGGGGGCGAGAAGUGCGAGUGGAGGAUCACAGCCACUCACGGGGAGAGGAUUGUCCUCAACAUCACCACGAUGGACAUCUUCAAGAGCGACGGCUGCAAGACGGACUAUCUCGAGAUUCGAGACGGAUAUUGGCACAAAAGCACUGCCCUUGGUCGAUAUUGUGGUGGUGGUUUGAGGCUACCGGGCACCAUAGUCUCCACCGGAAGUCGGAUGCUAGUUACUUACGUCACAUCUGUCAAUCAGAAUGGUCAUAAGGGCUUCUCAGCAUCCUAUGAAGCUGUGUGUGGUGGUGAACUAUCAAUGGAGCAAGGUCAUUUAGAAAGCCCUAAUUAUCCAGAUGACUACCGUCCCAACAAAGAAUGCAUUUGGAAAAUUACUGUCCCUUCGGGCUAUCAAGUAGCUCUGAGGUUCCAUUCUUUUGAGAUUGAGAACCACGACGAUUGCGUUUACGAUUAUUUAGAUGUUCGUGAUGGACAUGAGGAAAACUCUACAUUAAUUGGAGUUUUUUGUGGAUAUAAGAAGCCAAACGAUAUAAAAUCUACUUCAAAUAAAAUGAGAAUAAAAUUUGUAACGGAUGGAUCUGUGCAGAAAGCUGGUUUUUCUGCAACAUUUAUGAAAGAAUAUGAUGAAUGUUCAAGUUUAGACCAUGGAUGUGAGCACAACUGUAUAAAUCAGCUAGGAGGAUAUGAAUGUAGUUGUAAGAUAGGAUAUGAACUUCAUUCAGAUGGUAAACGGUGUGAAGAUGCAUGUGGGGGAAAAAUUGAAAAUCCCAAUGGAACAAUAACAAGUCCCUCUUUUCCCGAUUUGUAUCCUGUGAACAAGAAUUGCAUAUGGGAAAUUAUAGCUCCACCUCAGUAUCGAAUCACAUUAAACUUCACGCAUUUCGAUCUUGAGGGUAAUAAUCAAGACUGUGAGUAUGACAGUGUGGACAUCCGAAGUAAACUAGGGGUCUCAGAAAUGAGGAAGCAUGGUGUAUUUUGUGGGCAGAGGUUACCAUCCGUCAUAACUUCGGAAGGAAAUAGUCUUCGUAUUGAAUUCACUUCUGAUAACUCUGUGCAGAAAAGUGGAUUUGCUGCAGUAUAUUUCACUGAUAAAGAUGAAUGUGCUACAGAUAAUGGUGGUUGCCAACACAUAUGUAAAAACACAAUUGGGUCGUAUGUUUGCUCAUGUCUAAAUGGUUUCACACUCCAUGAGAAUGGUCAUGAUUGCAAAGAAGGUGGCUGCAAGCAUGAAAUUACCUCUCCAGUAGGUGAAAUAUACAGUCCAAACUAUCCAGAUUAUUAUCCAAGUAGAAAAGACUGUGUAUGGCAGUUUACUACUACUCCAGGUCACAGAAUAAAAUUGGUAUUUGAUGAGUUUGAAAUGGAACCUCAUCAAGAGUGUACUUAUGAUCAUAUAGCUCUAUAUGAUGGGACCACCUCAGAAUCUGGUUUUCUGGGCCGAUAUUGUGGCGCAAAAGUACCACAUCCAAUAGUUGCAUAUAAUAACCAGAUGUUCAUGGUGUUCAAAUCAGAUUCUUCAGUUCAGCGGAAGGGAUUUAGAGCAAGACAUACAACAGUAUGUGGAGGUGGUCUUAAAGCCACUAGUACUGUGAAGCACAUGUACUCGCAUGCAAAAUAUGGGGACCAGAAUUAUGACAACAAAGAAGAUUGCGACUGGAUCAUUCAGGCACAACCAGGAGAAAAUGUCCAUUUGACAUUCCUCACCUUUGAACUUGAAGAUGAACAUGACUGCGGCUAUGACUACGUAGAAGUUUUCUCUGGCUAUAGUGACUCAGGACCACUCUAUGGAAAAUUUUGUGGAAAUACUAUUCCUCAAGAGAUUGUGUCUGUGCAUGAUGCCCUACUAGUGAGGUUCCGUACUGACGACACAAUAAACACAAAAGGAUUCUCUGCUGCAUACGUUGCUAUAGCAGAAGAAAAUAUUGCAGAAAAUAGUACUGGUGAUAAUAAUAAUAGUUUUAGCUACAGUUUCUCCAGAGGAUAUUAGCAAAGUAUAAUUAGCUGCGACGUUACCACCACUCUGUGAGCCUUAGUCAUCUUGCUAUCAGAAGCUCACAUUUGUACAUUUUAAAUGAACUUUACCAAAGUGUUGUACAAGAUUUAGAGUUAGAUUAAGAUUUAGGAAUAUUUUUAUUAAAUAUCCAGAUCUUUACAAUGGAAAGGUUACUGACAAUAAUGCAGUUCACUUAAACUGGCCAAAGUUUUUGUACAGUACAUGUUAAGCUUCCAAAAGUUAUUUUGGCCAUAAUAUGGGAUGCGUCGCAGUUUAUGCAUAGGCUGGUUCUUCCCAGCAUCUCAUCUUGUUGCUAGUUCUCAUUCCUCUCAUUUCUACUGUGUAAAUUCCUGUUGCGAUGAUCGGCAACAUUCAGUGGGCAAAAUUCAAAGACAGGGAUAAAAUAUGUCACAGGAAGUAUCUUGAUUUUGUUGAAAUCACUUGAUAACUUCUUAUAAAUGUAUUAUUAAUAAUGCAACCAUGUCUCGGAGUUUCCCUCUGAAGCUGCCAAAGUUCAAUUUCAUGUUAAUAGACUGUAGAUAUUAAACAGUAGUGUUAAUAUUGUGUAAAGUUUUUAUGUUCUUGAUAAUGCCAAUAUACGGCUGUGUCGAACUUUUAGUCACAAUUACUUUGUAAGUGGGGAACUUGAGUGUGUAACUCAUAAUGACAUGUUAAAUGAAAAACAUAAUUUAAAAAACUGUCAUUAUAAUGAAUGUUUUAAAUUAUGCAGGUUUAUCCACAGUAAUCCUGUAUGGAUGUUGAAUUUGAACUACACCAAGAAAUACUUAGCUUGUACAAAGUAAAGUUCGAUGUUCUAGAUGUUUUAAUCCAGUGGUACAACUAACAUAAAAAGUAUAUAUAAUGCGAGUGUACCAAUCAGAAGAAAUACCUCAUCUUGGGAUAACUUUCAAAAAAUUUCUGAUUUCUGUGAUUAAUAUUAAUAGUGUAUUUUAAGUUUCCAAGGAAGAAAAUUGAUUGCUUCAUUAAAAGCUGCAGAAAUACUGCAAUCAGGGAUUCUUGAAUUACCAAUUUUAGUUCCUAAAUCAAAAUUCUCAGUGCAUCACAUUUUCUUUCUUGAAUCAAGCUCGAGACUUACAAGGCAUUAUUGUGGGUAGAGUCCUAACUCUACCAUUAUCUGUUAAUGUAUUUUAAUUCAGGAAUGCACCAUAAAGUAUUAGGAUGAUGGAGAUUAGCAAUGAAUUUAUAAGACUGUAGUGGGUGAAGAUUGGACUUGGAUUAUCAAGAUUGCAGGUUGUCAUAAAUCCAUUUAAGAGCAAAAGAAAGAAAUGCUGGCUCACAUUUUCUUCUAUACAUUUCAGGCUUCCAGUUUCUCUUUCUGUUUCCAGAUGAAAUUGUCAAUAAAAACCAAAUUGUACAUUACUAUGCACUAACUAUUGACAGAAAAUAUAACUUCAAGAUCUUAUCCAGCUAUUUAGUAUGAAUUAGAAUUUUAGUAGACCAUACACUUCACUACAUAUCAACUACAUACAACUGUAGCUUUUAGUUUUAAGAGGUAAAGUGUUACAUAUUAAGAGGAUAUCAAGUAUUUAUUCCAUGAACUAACCUAAAAAGUCAGAGGGGAACUACAAUGCAGUCAUAACCAUUGAAAAAAAAAGGAGGUGCCUUGAGAGCAAUAGAAGUUAUAAGAAAUAAAAGGAAGGAAAGAAUAUUCGUGUAUAUUUUAAUAUUCAGUACUAUAUCUACUGCAGCAUGAAAAUAUCAGUAGUACAUCAAAACUUAGUCACACUGCAGUAAAUGGUUAUACCACACUACAUAAUGUCAAACAUAAGAAGAGAAGCUCCUAUGAAAAAUUCCCACACUUAACAUACUGAAUACCAGUUAUGGCACAUCACUCACAUAAAAAAAGUUAACCUGAUUACCAAUUUAAAAUUCCCUAACUCUUAGAGAGCUGACUAUAUAGCACAGUAAUUGGUAUAAAAUAGAACAAACUACGUAUUGACAAUUACUGGGUAAAUUUUGGCCUGAUUCACUCGACAGAAGUUGAUCAGCUCUCAGGAAUGUACCAGACAUAUGGGAAGUAAGCCCUUUGACUUAUAACUUCCAGAUUCCAAGAUUUCCUUCCGUCAACUCUUAUACAACUAGUUUAAAUAGAAUAUAGUAAAUAAAAUUCAUUAUCAAAUUCCUUCGAUGAAAUUAUUUGCUUAAUACAUAAUGCAAAAUACUGUAGUAUUGAAUUUAAGAAAUCAGAACUAACAUAAAUUAAGUUCUUGCUAGCUUUAGUGGAAAUUGUUUCCAAAGAUUUUGCAACUAAAUCUUCAAGAAAAAGAAAGGAAAAAAAUAGUAUGUCCUUUUCUUAUAAAAAGCAAGGGAAAAAAGUAUGUCCUUUUCUUAUAAAAAGCAAGGGAAAAAAGUAUGUCCUUUUCUUAUAAAAAGCCCGAACAUGGUUUUAAACAUUCGUAUCCAAAUAAAAGGCAGUCAAAUAUCAUAGUGGUGUGCACUUCAUUUAAAUACAAUUACAAUAGCAAUAUUAAUUAAUCAACACUUACUAGUCAUUUUAUCAAGCACUUCUCUUUUCAAACAAAUCUUCAUAAACUUUUCAAACAAAUCUUCAUAAACUUUUCAAACAAAUCUUCAUAAACUAACUUAGAAACUUUCACCUAUUAUGUCAAACAUUCACUAAAUCUUGUCAAAUAUCUGGGGAUAUUUUUAUUUUGUUUAUUAACUAAACUUCCUUUAUGAUAUGACCAAAGAAAGAAAUAAAGCAGAAUGUUCACCUUGGCACCAUACAGUCUGAGAAAACUACCAAAACCAAGCUAAUUCAGUAUUGUGUGGUAGAUAAGUUAUGACAAAAUUACCCAACUAAUAUCCAAAAGUAAAUCUGUCAUCCUUGUAAAUUAUGACAGGAAGUAUAUAUAAAAUUGAUAAAUUAAAAUCUUCAUUGGUGGAAUAUCCUGACAGUAACUGCAGUAAACUAUAUUUGAAUAUCAUAAAAAUGAUUGCUGCAAAUUACAGCAGUAACAAUGUAAUGCAAUCUAAUUUUUGAAAGAAUUCUACCCCCCUUCUUUUACAGCCACUUGUUUGCACAUUAUCAAAAUGUAGAUUAACGUGACUACUGAGACACACUGCUAAGCUAUCACAGGUCUUGCCUAAAUGAUUCGGUCUUGAAUGAGAUGUAAAAAUCGAACAAUGGAAAAUUGUCACUAGCCAAGUUAGAAAGGAUUAAAGGGAAUGGAAGAGUACAAAGCAGAAAGCAAUGCAGGUGGGGCCAAAAGGACACUGCAAGGAACUGUUAGCACUAUAUACCAGAUAAGCAGUAGCCCCUAAGGUCACUUGUGUGCAAGAGCACAGUAAGCUAAAGAAUGACUUUGCAGGUCACUUGUUAACUGACAGUUCUUACUUUUAUAUGACUGAGAAAAGUUACCACUGACCUUUAACAAUACUAUAGUGAGAAUUUCAAAUGAUGGUCCAACUAGUAUAAUGAUAAGCUUGGGGAGUUGCAUUUUCUGCCACAUUUGAAGAGUGUAUUAUACUGUACGUACUGUAGUAAUACAACCUACUUACUGUAAGCUGAAGUGAGGCAUGCUUUCUUGUAUUAAUACUGUUGUAUUGUGUAUAAUAUAUUUAUGGAAAAUUUGUCUAUGUCUUCUAUUGGAAAAUUCAGAAAGUAAAUUCAUCCAGACUCGGCAUUUGCGAAAAAAAAAAUAUAUAUACGUAUAACAAAUUACAUUUACCACCACGGUUAACUUUAAAUGAAGUUUGCAAAGAAAUUCACACAAAUUGCCAUAAUAUACUAGUAACACGUAUAUUAUGUAUUAAAGAGGUUAGCUUAAUCAAUAAAAAUGGGCACAAAAAUGGUAGAGAAUAGCUUAAUCUCAUUUUUCCUUAAUCCCUCAUAUUAUUAUAAUAAACUAUAUUUUAAUAUAACUAUGUCAUAUUUUUAGUACCGUACUUACAAUUCGCAUUAUUUAAUUGAAAAACAUAUAUAUAUAGAUAUAACUUAUCCACUUGAUACUGCUUUAAAUACUGUACAGGAAGGUGCUUAUAAUCAAACUUGUAAUAUAAUUAUUUUCACUGUGCCAUUUUUAUAUUUCAGAAACCAGUGCCAUAAAGAUUUUAUUGUAAAUUACAGCUUACAGUAUAUAUAAACAUGUUGAAAUAGAUUUUAAUGUAAGAUAUGCAAACAUGGGAAGAACAUAUGUGCCUAUGUAUUUGAAAUAUCUUGCCAGUCCUGUUCAUUUUGUAUAUACAGUAUAAAGAAUUGAUCUUAUUUCAUAGUAAAUGUUAAAAAUGUCAUCAUCAUUAUAUAAAGAGAAAAGGUAUUUAUGUAUAAUAAUGGAUAGGAAUUAUAUUGUCAUACCAUAAAGAAACUUAAGAACCGUCUAGCUGGUUUGUGAGAAGUCUGUAUGUACACAGGUAUGUUUAUAAAUCUAAAAUAAAAAUACCCUUUACUAUAACAACUUGUAUAUUCACUAGAAAUCAUUCUUGAAGAGCAGAAAUUGAGUUAUUACACUUAUUUGUGUGAUUAUCUGGGAAGUUCUCAUUCUUCCAGCUUGUAGUUUUGGUUUGGAAAAUGCAAUUUGAUCUGAUGACUUUCAGAUACCUCUUGGGCAAUUAUUCAUCUUACAAACUGAUGCAUUUGGGCAGUUUGCCAACGAGUUAUUACAGAAAUACCAAGAGUAAAACUGCUCUCAUCUUUAAUUAUCACAAAAAAAUGUUUUGUGGAAUGAAUGUUAUCAAAUGAACACUAUCAAAAGAAAAAAAUUAUUUGGAUAUGAA